UAAAUGUGGAUUCCGACAUGAACAGAGUCCAUGAACGCAUCAUGAGACCGGGCGGACCMGAAAGGUGAGUUUUGAGACCAGAGCAGACUGGGAAGAGCUCGACACGAUCUGAGCUGAUCCAGAGCCACACCCGAGGUCCGUGGGACUGACGGCAGUGGUAGAACUCGUGUUCCGGGACAAAACCCCACGGAGAGACCACCAAUAUCAUCGUCCUCAUUCCUCAGGCAGCAGAGUUCCAGUCCACAUGUCUUCAGCUGGAUUUGGUUCUGCCUCCAGGUUUGAUCGGGUCAGGGAAAUGCCACUCUAUGACCAGGUCCCAGACUUUGACCCCCCACCAUUGUACCCGUAUGGGACGGUUCCAGCAGGCAGCUCAGACCCCCUUCCUCCUCCUCCCCCUCUACCCGUACACCCAGCUGUUGGACCUGAGUCCUUCUAUCCCCCCAGUGACCAUGAGCCCAUGGAGGAUGACUGCGAUGCCAUGGACAUCAAACCAGUUCAUCGCUUCAUCCCAGACUCUGUCAAGAACUUCUUCCGUAGGGGGAGCAGCAGGGCUCAGUCAGCAUCKUCUGCUCCCUCGUCCAAAAAGGGGACCAACGGACAGACCACAGGGGGGGUCCCCUGCUCACCCCCCAACUCCGCCCCUCCCUCUCCUUCGCUCCCCGGCUCCUAUCGGGACCCGUAUGGUGGUUCUGGAGGCAGCUACCUUUCUAAAAAGGAGCAGGAUGGACUAUUGCUGGGUACUGAAGCGAUGGAUUUAACCUCCCCGGUCCCCAGUAACCGGUCAACCCAGACUUACCAGGAGCGGGUGGAGGAGUACCAUCAGCGCUACGCCUACAUGAAGUCCUGGGCCGGUCUGCUGAGGAUUCUGGGUUGUGUUCAGCUGCUGCUGGGAGCGGCUGUGUUCGCCUGUGUCUGUGCUUACGUUCAUAAGGAUAACGAAUGGUUCAACAUGUUCGGCUACUCCAGUCCGCAGAUGUACGGAGGGCUGGGUGGAGGUGCGUAUGGAGGUGCGUAUGGAUACGGGGACAUGUACUACUACACAGGUCCAAAGACUCCUUUUGUCCUGACCGUGGCCGGCCUGGCAUGGAUCGUGACUGUGAUCCUGCUUGUCCUCGGGAUGUCCCUGUACUACCGAACCAUCCUGCUGGACUCGUCCUGGUGGCCCCUCACUGAGUGCUCCAUCAACCUGGUGCUGGCUGUGCUCUACCUGGCAGCAGGGAUUGUGUACGUGAGGGACACCACCCGGGGGGGUCUGUGCUACGCACCCGUCUUCAACAAUGGAGUCAACGGGGCGUUCUGUCGCACGGAGGCCGGGCAGAUAGCAGCCAUUGUGUUUCUCUUCCUCACAACCGUGCUGUACUUCAUCAGCGCAGGAGUCUGUCUGAAGCUGUGGAGGCACGAAGCAGCGAGGAUGAGGAAGGAGGCGCUCAAUCAGGAGAUGAGGACCAUCGGCUCAUCAGUGCCUCUGGCUGUACUGGAUGUAGGUUCUCGGACCUCGGAGCAGACCCCCCUCCCCACCAUUCAUCCUGAUCUCAUGAACAUUUCCAACGCUCCUCUGAACACAGCUGAACCAGAGAUUCUCAGAGGCCACAUCCCAGCAGGACACAUCCCCAAACCUGUGGUCAUCGCUGACUACAUUGCGAAGUACCCGAGCAUCAGCACUGACGAGCAGAGGGACCAGUACAGGGCUGUGUUCAAUGACCAGUAYGCUGAGUACAAGGAGCUGCACGCUGAGGUCCAGGCCAUGGCCAAGAAGUUUGAAGAGAUGGAUGAGAUGAUGCAGAACCUCCCAUCCAGACCCUCCAGCCAAAUGGAGAAAGAACGGAUCAACAGCAUUUUAUCUGAGUAUCAAAAGAAGAAAUCUGACCCAACCUAUCUGGAGAAAAGGGAUCGUUGUGAGUACCUGAAGAACAAGCUGUCCCACAUCAAACAGAAGAUCCAGGAGUACAACAAGCCUGCAGGCUAGAGGUCCGCUCUUCAUCCCCCCACAAACUGAGACCCUUCAAUGAUUUAUCAUGUUAUUUUGUAGAAACCGUGAUAUUUUUAACUUGUGUUUUUCAUUGUUUUUUAAUAAUAAUAAAGCUAGCUGUGUGCCUUGCCUUGUUUAGCACAGAGGAGCUGUGAGACACGAGAGGUUAGUGUUGGUUUAAUCUCUGCAGUUCAGAACCRUCAGAACUCUGAUCAGGAGUGAACAGUCACACGUUCACUUCASUUUGGACACAUUUAACAGUAAAUCAAGGCUUGUGUCAGAGACCUGAUGUGUGACAACGAGCCUAAUUCAUUUUCUUAUAAUUAUUACGUGUUUUAACUUUGUGCUGAAGCUUUAACUUGUUUUUAUAAAGUGUAGGAGGUUUGCAUCAUGUUUGACUCUCCUCUCAUUUGCCUUGCUGCUGGAGGAGUUCAUGUGUWUUUUAAAAUCUUUUUUAUUAUUUUUAACGAUCCUGUUGUAUGCCAAUAAAAAAAUCCUUUGUGA